CCUUUAUUUUGAUGACAACACGGCAGAUUGGUUUGGUGUUGGCAAAGACGGGUUCGGUUCUAGUAUCUGGCAGCCUGUAAAUAUGAAUUAAGCUAGCGAAAACUCGAAGAUCGACCAGCCCGCGCCCAACAACUGUGCAAACAAAGCCACCGCCGAGCAGGAAGCGUUUGGGUUGUGAGGUAAUUUGCGAAUCAAAAGGCUGUCGCCGCCGCACGCAGAUAAAGAUUCUCAUUCUCGCGGUCCCGGCCAGAAACGAAGUGGGAAUCACGGAAUCAGCUGGAGCGCGGCUAUAGGCCCCCGAUAAUACCACAUCCAUAUCCGACCAAGAUGAUACCGCUGUCGCACAAGGACCGGAGUAGUUUCGGCUACCGGGUCCGGGAGAAGCUCAACAGCUGGAAGAGACUCAUCUUCUCCGACCGCAACUCCCGGAAUCUGUUCCUCUUUCUGCUGCUCAACCUGAGCUUCGCCUUCGUGGAGCUCUUCUACGGCAUCGUGACGAACAGUUUAGGCCUCAUCUCCGACUCGUUUCACAUGUUCUUCGACUGCACGGGUCUCUUGGCGGGUCUGGCCGCCUCGGUUAUCACCAAGUGGAAGGCCAACGACAAGUAUUCGUACGGCUAUGUGCGGGCUGAAGUGCUUGCCGGGUUUGUCAACAGCCUGUUCCUGCUGUUCAUCGCCUUCUUCAUCCUGUCUGAGGGCGUGGAGCGGCUAAUUGAACCGCCGGAGGUUAAGCACGAGCGGCUUUUUGUAGUUUCCGUGCUGGGCCUGCUGGUUAAUCUGGUGGGAAUCUAUGCCUUUAACCACGGCGGACACGGUCACUCGCAUGGAGGCGGUGGGCACGGGCACUCCCACGGCGGAGGCCAUGGACAUGGGCACUCGCACACCCACAACGACGCCGGCAAUCACAAUCACCAGGCCAUCACCUUGGACAAUGGUCAUGGACACUCACACGAACACGACAGUCAUGGCCACUCGCAUGGUGAUAUGUCGGGCAGCAACUCACAGAUCAUGCGCGGCGUUUUCCUGCACAUCCUGGCCGAUACCUUGGGAUCUGUGGGCGUAAUCAUCUCGGCAGUGCUGAUGCACAUGUUCGGCUGGAUGAUUGCGGACCCCAUCUGCUCCAUCUUCAUCGCCCUGCUGAUAGCGCUUAGUGUGCUGGGCCUCAUCAAGGAGUCGAUAAUGAUCCUGAUGCAGCGCCAGCCGUCCGACCUGGACAGAUCGCUGCCGCAGUGCUAUCAGAAGGUCACGGGAUUGGCCGGCGUGUAUGCGGUGCAGGAGCCGCACUUCUGGACCCUCUGCUCGGAUGUCUACGUUGGAGCCCUCAAGCUGGAGGUGUCCAAGAACGUCGAUCCCAAGUACGUGGUAACGCACACGCGGAUGAUCUUCGAGGCGGUGGGCGUGAAGCAGAUCUACAUACAGCUGGAUUAUGUUUGAUCCAGAUGCGAUCGGUCUACCGGCGUCCUUGUACAAUGAUGUGUAUAUUUAACAAUUUGUGCCACAUGUUUAUGUGCAGUGCGCACGAGCGUCGACGUUAUCAAACAUUAUUUUGAAAUUUUAGUUCACUUCGGCGACACAAAACCCCCAUCACUUCCAAAAAUCCCCUCCAAAAGCUAAGUAAAACAAAAUGUGUAAUCUUCAGUUGUACUAGUAAUUUUGCGAAUUUUUGUUAACUUAUUAGCGUUUGUAUUUGUUGAAAUGCUUUCGGCAUUCAUUCCAUUCUAUACAUACUGAAAGCAUAACAUAAGGUAUGCGGUAGUCGAUAUCGAGGAGCAUUAGUGUAAUUGUAAGCUAAGCGAAUGAAAUUGUGCAAGAGUAAAUAUAUAUACUUAAAGUUUUUUUAAAUUCAGAAUGAACAAACCCCGAAACAUGCAUACCUACAAAUAGCAUCUAAAUCUGACUGACAUAUUCACGGACUUUCCGCUGUGCGGUGGAAGUGCAUUAAGUGAACCGUUUUUGCCACUGUUUAAAGCAUCAAAAUUAUGAACGAAAUAAAAUUUAAUUUGUUACUAGCAUUUUUAUACGUAAACCGAA